AUGCAGACGCAGACGCAGACCCAAACGACGCCGCCGCAAAAGCAACAGCAGCCGCCCCCUUCUUCACAGAUGACGACGAGGCGGCCGGCGGAUCAGGUUGAGGAGGCGGCGGCCAAGGCGACGGAGGACAUGAAGAGCCGGGUGGACGGCUUCGACGCCGGGAAGCCGCCGCCGUUCCGCAUCGGCGACGUGCGCGCGGCGGUGCCGGAGCACUGCUGGCGCAAGAGCCCCUGGCGGUCGCUGUGGUACGUGGCGCGCGACGUGGCGGUGGUGGCGGCGCUGGGCGCGGCGGCGGCGGCGGGCAUGGAUAGCUGGGCGGUGUGGCCGGUGUACUGGGCGGCGCAGGGGACCAUGUUCUGGGCGCUCUUCGUCCUGGGACACGACUGUGGUCACGGGAGUUUCUCGGACAGCGCGACACUCAACAGCGUGGUGGGGCAUCUCCUACACUCCUUCAUCCUCGUCCCCUACCAUGGAUGGAGGAUCAGCCACAGAACACACCAUCAGAACCACGGCCACAUCCACAGGGACGAGUCAUGGCACCCGAUCACGGAGGGGCUGUACCGGCAACUGGAGCCACGCACAAAGAAGCUAAGAUUCACGGUCCCCUUCCCAUUGCUCGCAUUCCCCGUCUACCUCUUGUACAGGAGCCCUGGAAAGACGGGCUCCCACUUUCUUCCCAGCAGUGAGCUGUUCAGCCCCAAGGAGAAGGGAGACGUCAUGGUCUCAACCACCUGCUGGUGCAUCAUGCUCGCCUCCCUCCUCGCCAUGGCGUGCGCAUUCGGCCCAGCCCAAGUGCUCAAGAUGUACGGCCUCCCAUACCUUGUGUUUGUGAUGUGGCUUGACUUGGUGACGUACCUGCACCACCAUGGCCACCAGGAGCGCCUUCCCUGGUACCGCGGCGAGGAGUGGAGCUACCUGCGCGGUGGCCUGACGACGGUGGACAGGGACUACGGCUGGAUAAACAACAUCCACCACGACAUCGGCACCCAUGUCAUUCAUCACCUCUUCCCGCAGAUCCCGCACUACCAUCUCGUUGAAGCUACCAAGGCAGCGAAGCCAGUACUGGGGCGAUACUACCGGGAGCCGCAGAAGUCAGGGCCGCUGCCACUGCACCUCCUUGGCGUGCUCCUCAGGAGCCUCAGAGUCGACCACUUCGUCAGCGACCAUGGGGAUGUUGUCUACUACCAAACUGACCAUGACCUGAACACUAGUACUGCUCACGGCUGGGCCGCCCAAAACCAUCAUAAGCAAAAAUGA